UGUGCGCUUGAAAUAAAACAGACACAAAUCUCCUGCUUUAUACGAUACGCAGGAUAUGUAGAAUGGAGGUGUGUACUAUCUGGCUGCUGGAGGUUCUGUGUCUCUUAUCAACUUUAAUGAUUGUCAACACAUCAGUUAACACCAGUCGUGAGCCAAAUGUCAAAUUCACCACUCAAAGUUCAAACCACAGUGCUGCAUACCGUAGUGGUAAAUCAGUAGAUGGUUGUAAAAAACAAAUCUUCGACAGCCAAAAGUGUUGUUCACAUACAAAGAUGGGUGAAAAGGAGGCAUGGUGGCAAGUAGAUCUAGAGGGACUGAUCGUUAUGGAAUACGUUAAAAUAUACUACAGAGAUCAAGUGUAUCAGCAACGACAACGAUUUGGUGGCUAUCAAGUAUACCAGUCGAACACGUCGGAUUGGCGGAACGGUUACCUUUGUCAUAAAGACACAACAUCAACGUCGGCCGCGUUGUCAUUGACUCCCCAGAUCAACUGUACAGGUAGCGCCCAGUACCUGACGAUAUACAGCGACAGACGGUCAGGAGGUCUAUGGUGGUACUCUGAAAACGCUAUUCUGGAGCUUUGUGAGGUAGAAGUGUACGGUUGUCCGCUUGGGAAAUAUGGUGAUGGUAAUUGUGAUUCAGAUUGUGAUGUAGGCUGUGCCAAUAGCCUGUGUGAUCCAUUGACCGGCGGAUGUGCAUACUGUGCAGUUGGAUACUAUAGGCCUGGAUCUUUAUGUGUGGAAUGCCCCUCUAAUUGUUAUGAUAACAUAUGUAAUGCAGAAUCCGGUGUUUGUUCUGUGUGUACUCCCGGGUAUCAUGGCAACCAUUGUAAUAAGACUUGCCUGUUCAACUGUAAAGACAACCGAUGUAUGCAAAGCAAUGGAGAGUGUGAAGACUGUGAGGAUGGAUUCUUCGGAUCGUCCUGUGAUAACUGCUCUGUCGGUUGUCCCAAUCGUGUUUGUGACAAAAUAUCCGGAAAUUGUAGUCCGUGUACUCCCGGGUAUUAUGGAAGCAAUUGCAAUCAGACUUGCUUGUUCAACUGUAAAGACAACCGAUGUAUGCAAAUCAAUGGAGUGUGUAAAGACUGUGAGGAUGGAUUCUUCGGAUCGUCUUGUGAUGACUGCUAUAUUGGUUGUAUCAAUCGUGUCUGUGACAAAAUAUCUGGAAAUUGUAGUCCUUGCUUGGACGGCUUCUACGGGAUGAAGUGUGAUCGUUUAUGUUCCUCUAGUUGUGAAAACAACAUAUGCACACAACAUGAAGGGACAUGUACAGCAUGCAAACCUGGAUUUUAUGGUGAUAUCUGCAACACAAGCUGUCCGUCCAAUUGUAAAGGGGAUAUAUGUAAUCAGACCAGUGGGUUAUGUACAGCAUGUGAACCUGGUUUCUUUGGACUAAAGUGUAAUAGGUCAUGUUCUGGUCAUUGUGAAUGCCAACAGAACAACGGAACGUGCAUAGCUUGUAAGAGUGGAUAUUUUGGACUUAACUGUGAAGAGAAUUGUGGGCAGUGCAGUGCUGUGUCAUGCAGCAAGUCUGACGGACAAUGCUUAUGUAGCGACAUGGCACAAGGGGCAUGCGGGUGUAAACAUGGCUGGGAAGGAGAGCAGUGCACUACAAAGAUGGUAAUGGAAGUCUCAUACGACCAAACAGGAACGUACGCUGGGGCUGGUAUUGGGGCAGUGAUUGUGAUUGUUCUUGUUGUUAUAGCAACUGUCAUCAUCCUUAGAAGAAAACGAUUACCAAAACACAAAAAGGAAAUUCACCGUGAAGACAGAGGCAAAACGUUUGGAAAUGUAGAGUGUUCACCAUUCCCAUUUGAAACGUCAGACACGCAAACACAUAGUGGAGAUAUUGAAGAUACCACAUGUGAAGAUAUACAGGUUUACGUGAACGUCCACGACAUUGACUCAAAAGAUGAUGAUGACGUCAUCUAUAACAAUGUUGAUGUCACCGGUGUCCCUAUUCAUGAACUGCAGUCUAUCAUCGAUAGCAAAAUUGUGAAUGAAGCGGCAGCAUUUCAGGAGGAAUUUCAGACGUUUCCAUGGGGACCGGUACAUCCACACGAGGCUGGUAAAAAGAAUAAACCAAAGAACAGAUUCAAGAGCACUUUCCCAUAUGACCAUUCCAGAGUCGUACUGGAUACAAACGGCAAGGAUAUCGAUACAAGCUACAUCAACGCAAAUUAUAUUGAUGGUAUUGGAAACGAAAAAGCGUACAUUGCAAGUCAAGGACCGAAGCCAAACACCAUGGACGACUUUUGGAGGAUGGUAUGGCAUGUGAAUUCAGGGAAGAUUGUUAUGCUGACAAACCUCGUGGAGGGUCGCAAUGUAAAGAGUCACCAAUACUGGCCUGAUGAACGAAAAUCACUUGUAACACCGACAUUUGAGCUCAAACUUGACAGAGAGAUGAUCUAUGCCUUCUAUGUCAUCCGUGACAUUUCAAUCACCCACAAAAAGUGCUGGCAUUGGGAGAACUGGUACUUUUAUCGGUUUAAACGAAUUGCUUACUCAUGGCAAGAACACAGGAAAAGUUGACAUUCCCAGAUACAUCGGAACGAUGAGGAAUGGCAGAAUGAACAUGAUCCAGACUUAUGAACAGUACAUCGCAUUGCACGAAUUACUUGUAGAAGGAUUCAAUUUACAAGAAUCACUCAUUGUUCGAGUGAAUUUCCCUGCUGUCCUGUCA